CACUCGAGUGCGAUACCUUCAUUUUCGUAUUGCGCGCCACCGCAACACAUCGCGUCACGUGUUAUAAGCUUGCUGGUACGCAUUUUUGUUUUCGUUUUGGCGCUUAGUAAUAUUUGUUUGCCGGUGUUUUCAGAAGUUUUGUGUGAAUAUUAGAAAAUGGCCGCUUUUAAUGUUGUGCAAUUUGAAGAGAAAGACGGCUCCUCGGUAGCUAUUGUCCAUCGUGAGUGGUUAACGCCACGUAAAACGGAGGUCUUCUGGCCACCUCAUAAAAGAAGUGCUUCUUUCUAUAAAUGUUUACGAGAUGGAGAAACCGUGCAAUCGGACUGGAAAUUAUACAAAAUAAAAAAAAUCUUUUAUUCGUGUGAUGAUUAUGAUGAUGCAAAAGAGAAAGAGAAAUUAGCUGAAGUACAUUCAGAUUUUGAAGAUACUCAGGUUAUUUGGAAACGACCUAGAGUGCUCCCACUGCGAUUUCAAAACGAGAGUGGUGAGGAGGAGGAAACGGAGAGUCAGUUAUCACGACCCCCAAAAAUUCUAAACACAGCAGUAGCUAUAACGAAUGCUGAUGUGUGCCAAGGGAAGUCACAGAAGUCACGGUCACCUUCUACAAUUUCCACUGUUUCAAGAAAAAACUCAUUGGAUUGUCGAGAAAGUUCAAAUUUACCUAGUACUUCCCAAAGCAAUGACAGUGUGCAGUCUCGAUGUAGUACACCUGUAACACCGUCCAGCACUUUUAGUGGGAAUCAAGUUUUUCAGAGCAGGUUUAUUGGACUAUUAUCGAGGGUAGUGGAGCAGAAUAAAGAAAUUUUACAUCUUCUUAAAAAUACAUCACAUACACCACAACAUACCCAAAACUGCCCAGAUCUACCAGUCACAUUGCCACUUUCUAAAUUUGAAGAUUUUUUAACAUUGGAAAAUUACCUUGGAGAUUCUGAUCAUCAGCAAAUUUUGGUGAGGUUCCUAGUACUUGUAGUUGGAACAUGUAUGAUAAAUUUUUUUUAGUCAAAUUUCUUAUCGACUUUGGACAGAACCAGUCUGGUCUCUGCAACCAACGCUAUUUUGAAAUAUUGCGUAUCAUUUAGAUUAGCAAAAGAAUUCAGCUACCUUGGAACUCGAAACAAUAAAAAACCUUUCA